CUCAAAUCUCGAAGCAUUCGCCAUGUGGCUGUCAUAAAUUGUUUCGCUUUUUCGGAAUUUCUUCAUCUCAUUUUUUUAUCGGUAAGUAGUGCCAUCGCUUUGUAAUCUUGCCGCAAUCUUCUAGGUAACGUGUUAUUCUUCUUGUACGGUUUUCCUUUCUCAUGUAACCGAGUGCUCGUGUCACAAGUCACAGUAAUUUCCCGCUUCGAUGCAGCUUUAUGUAUUUCUCUUUCUGAUUUUGUGUUUCCAAUUCGCCUUAUUCCUGUUUGUUUACACAUUUUAUAUUUCUUAUAGUGCCGUUAUGAUGUUCAGACACCAGGGUGAGCUUAUUUUACCGUUUUAUUAGUCCGUUAAUUUAGGAUUCUUCUUGUUGACGCUCUUGUUACUUUAUCUUUAAGAAGAAAUGUCUAAUUCCCAAGGGCAGGCUGUAAUCACUUUAAUGGAAAAGAAGGGCAAAGAUCGUACUUUAAUAGAAAAUUAGACCCCUAAAACUUGCCCUUUAUUUACUUGCAAUUUAAAGAAAUGGAUAUAAGGUAGAUGAUAGUUGGAUGGACCUGGACUUUGAACUUUCCUUUUUUUCAGGGCGUUACAAAUCGAUAGAAAUCGAUCAUCGAAAACUAAUCGAUUACUCGAUAUUACUCGAUAAUACUCGAUAAUUGUUAAUCGAUUAGCUAAAAUAAUCGAUAGAAAUCGAUAAUCACAAGACUUAGACCGAGAUUAUCGAUUUUAUCGAUUUAUCCGGUCGAUUGAGGACAUUGAAAAAAAAAUUAUAUCAAGUCAAUUUAGAAUCAAGGAACUUUUUUCUUUCUUACCGAAAACUGAACGUCAAAACCUCUUCCAGUCUUGGCGAUAAUCUGUGAUAACCAGAUAACUCAUUCGCAUUUGAAGCAAUUUUUCUGAGUUUUUAGACUCGUAGCUCGGACGAAAACGACAGCACACUGUGUAAGCGGCGUAAGAACACCAGUGGAAUUGUUUACGCUGGUAAACGUGGCGUACUGCUACAACAAAAACCAUGUUGAAUUGAGUCAAUCUUGGAAUGAAUUUCAUUUCUGCAUAAGCUGAAUGUUGCUUUCUGUGCGUUCUAUGGCUGAUAUUUAACAUAAAUCGGCUUUGGUGAGUUAAUCAGCGGAUAAACAUUGGAUUUCCAGGUUUCCGGUUUAAGGUUUGUGGGUAGUACGCGUGGUAUGUGAUAGCAGAUGAUGGUGAAAGGUCACGUGAUUAAGAGUGAACACGUGAACAAGAAAACUUCCCAGACCACGAACCCACUUCAUUCGCAGUGCGAUAACAGCACACUGUACAAUUAAUCCUCUUAUUAAUGCUCAGUGUUAUUCCUUAUUCCAACAGGGUUGAAUUUGGUUUGAAAACUCGUACUCGUACUCAAUCUCGUACUCGUAGUCCAAUCUAAAGGUCUCUAUUUACUCGUCUACGCGUAACAAAGUUGGUUUACCUAAAACUGAACGAGCAUCGUUUUUGCGUUUUUUUUCUCUCGUUAUCGUUGAGCAUGUUUCAAUUUUUGAGUCUAGCGACAAGUGCAUUAUUAUUACAGUUUUAAAAACCUUUGUAGUUUGUUUACAGUACAUUAAGGCUGAUUAAAGGUAUUUUAUAUUAUCGACUCAAGGUGUGGGAUAAAGAAAGCGUAUGUGUUAACUCCAGAGUACAGUACGUUGAAGCCACCGACAAACCGCAUGCGGUUUAAGACCGGCUAGGGUUAACUUUACGUCUCGUCCGUCCUUAACUGCCUAUACCGGUCUUUUAACUGCUUUCAGUCUUUUAUCGUCGUUUCCUUGACAGGAAAUAUCAAGAACGGGUACUAUUUCCCGUUUUUUGGCCUUACGAUAUCCAUUUGCCUUUUGUUCCUUGCUUUUAAGCUCUGUCUUCUUCUUUGUCUGAGUUCCAUUGACGAAAUCGAUAUUUUUGAUAGAAAUCGAUAGAAAUCGAUUAAAAUCGAACUAUAAUUACAGAAAUCGAUAAAAUCGAUCAAAAUCGAUAAUCACAAAAACCUCCGCUAUCGAUUUCUAUCGAUUUUCGAUAUUAAUCAAGUAAUUAGUAUCGAAAAUUAUCGAUUACAAUCGAUUUUAUCGAGUAUCGAAAUUAUCGAUUUGUAACGCCUCGUUUUUUUCUGACAUUCAACAGAAUGGAUUUUGAGAUUAAGCAGUAAGAUUGUAUUUAUCGUACAAUGUAUCCAUUUCUUCUUUAAGGAUCAGAUGAUUAUGGUGUUAUAACUGCAGUGGAAACAGAAUUGUCAUCAGAAUCAUCAAGUUCAAACACUUCUGACAUACAUGGUACUAUAUUUUUUAUUUUUGUUAACUAUUAACCUUUUCUGUCAACCUUGUUCACUUCAAUAUGGGAGUUUUAGGUCUUUUUACAAAUUUGUCAAACUUACUAUAAUUAUGUGGAUUUUCGUUUUUCGUUAAUUUAUUGAAGUAGUUCCUCUUGUUUCUUUCUUUUUUUCUUAUAUACAUUUAAUGUACAGCUGUUAUAUAUUAGAUAUUGAAUUUUGAUGGUAAAAUAUCAUUUAGUUUUGGAGGGCAGUUUUUUGAUGGAAAUUCGGUUUCCCCCUCUUGCUUUCCUUUACCUACUGUACUUUUUAUAUACAGUUUUUUUAUAGUUAAAAGACAUCCCUUUUCUAUUCCUUUUGUUAGCAAAUGGCACCACUUUCACACACCUUGUCCAGAAUUUUGCAUCCCUUGUAACUGCUGUAAAUGCACUGUCUUUUAAGUACGAAUCAAUCACAAAAACAGAAUUUUUUUGACUUUAUAAAGCCAUAAAAUUCAUCUGUUAGCCCUUUUGGGCCCUUUCACCCAAAUGGCAGAUUUGCCUAUCCUUUUAUAUACUUCAACUAGUAAAACCCCAACCCUUUUAUAUACUUACGUAAAGACAGUUUGCUUCAAUGGCAAAACAUGUCAUGUUUGGCACCCUAUAAGAACAUGUUUAUCUUUGUCUUGUGUCCAAAAAUGCAACCAAUGGUGGCCUGUGUAAUAUUGCAGGAAGGUUUAUUCUCUUGGAGAGGGUGUUACAAGAAAGGGUGGAACAGUCAGCAAGAGCACAGGGAGCUGCACCCAUCCAAGAAACAGUCAAUGCAGAUCUACAGGAUGGCAGAUUUUAUUUCUUGUGCUGCAUGAAUUAUUAUGGUUGUUUGUACUGCCACUCUAAGAAUUGUCGUAGAGCUGGCCGGGCUGCCCACCACAAAUGCUCUUGCCAGCAGCCCAUUACAUUAUUGGUAUGAUUUUUGUAUUCACCUGAUGAAAAAUGACCAUUGAAUUGUGGUCAAAAUAGAGGUGCCCUUGAGUCCCUUAUAUAUAGGUCUCAAGGACUUUAUUAAUAGAAUAGUAACGCAGACCAAUCUACUCAAAAUAGAUCCAGUCACACUGAUGGUCACCUGGUCAUUAGUUGUUACUAAAGGUAUACAGGUGGUGGAAUUGAAGGACUUGGGGAAACUAUCAGUCAUGAUCUUGGGCUACUUAUGCUUCUUGAGCUUAAAAUCUAGUACUGGUGAAUUUCUGUAAACUAGGCUGAUUGGUGGCUGAAGAUAAUUUAUAGUAGAUCAACGCAGCAGCAUAAAAUUAUCUUCAGUUUUUCUUUUUCAUAAUUAAGAGAAAGUGUAUCACAUUUUGAGAACAUAUUAAUUUUUCACUCUAUUUCCUUCUUGUAGAACAGAGAAGGCAAUGGAAAGAUCCCUAGCCAUAACUGUGAGGACUGUGGCAAAAGCUUUGACCCCCAAGAGGGGAGACACUUCUGUGAAGCAAGAGUGAGUUUAAACACUUUUCUUAACACUGAUUACUGUUUUUAUUAAAUUCAGCACCAGAAUAGGUUGUAUAUGGGUUUGACUGUGACUUUCAAUGACACAUAAAAGUGAUUCUGAAAGAGCAGAGAGGUAAAUUAACUAUAAUUUUUUAAAUCUUGAACGUAACUGUAGAACAUUGUAAAGUUUCACUUCAUCUCAUGACUGUUCUUCUAUGUUUAUUUCUCCACUUCUGCAUUUUCAUGAAAGCAUUUUCAUUUUUAAAUGAAAAUGAGACAUAAAUCACAAGAAAUUCUACCAUUGUUCAGUGCAUCACUUGUCUCCUUUUGGGUAGCAUUUUUGAAUAAAGCAAUCAAUAGUGCAAACAUAUUAAUACAUUGUAUGUAUACAUAUGAACACCAAUGAAAUACCAGGCGAACUUUUGUGCAAAAACAUGAUAUCUACACGUGUGAAAAAUUUCAUGUUUUCUUCACAUGUGAAAAGAUCGCUGUUGAUAUGGCUACAUGAUAAAUCACACCCUUCGCAGCAAAAAAAACUGUUUAAGUGAAUUUCAUUGGGGUUUAUGCAGUAAAUAUAACAUAACUUGGUGGCUUAGAGAUACAAAAUUAUUCUUAGACUUUUGAAAAUAUUUCACACUUGAGCUUCACUUUGCCCACCUGGAAAUGUUUUCAACACUUGAAGAGAAAUUUUGUAUUUCCACGUGGCCAUGUAAAUGAUCGUUAAGAGUAGUAUUGUUGGGAGAUUUACCUGAGAAAAAAGCCAACAAUUCAAUGACAUUUAGUGAUGCGACCACUGGUUUUCCCAGGAAAUGACCUCUGAGGAACAAGGGCAGAAACUCUAGACAGAUGGCAGUUCACUAACCAGAUUUGGGUAGUGAUUCUGAUUGGUUAAUGUAAAUUUCCCUUGCAGCACAACAAAUCAGAAGCAUUGCCCAUAUCUGGGUAGUGACACAUCAUUAGUAUGGAAUUUCUGCACUCAUUCCCCAGUAACGUGGAAAACAGUGAUGUUGGCCCAAAAUCUUGGCUUUUUUCUCAGGCUACUACUAGCACCCCUUUUGACUUUCAUAUAUUUAUUCACUAUUUGCAGGUUGAUAACUUGAGUAACACAAGUACUACUACACCAACUGAGCAGAAGCAAGCUAAUACAGAGGAAGAGGAUAAUGGUACAAAUAAAAUGCAAGCUCAGUGCUCAGUGACAUAUUUUGUAAUAAUAUUAUUAUUUAUACUAAUCAUAGCUAUCAACUGUCCUGAUUGGCUAUCACCUGUCCUGAUUUCAGCACUAACAGGACAGUGUACGGGGCUCAAAGUUUAAAUUUGAGUUUGGGAGCACUUGUGCUACCAGAUUUAAAUUUUUAGGCGCACUGCCGAAAUUCUAGGCACACAGCUGAAAAUUUUAGGAGCAUAGCUUAUAAUGUUGGGAGCAUCUAUUUCAAAAGAAAAAGUAAAAAGCUUAACAGUGCCACGUUUAUUUGUCAUCUUCGGUUUGUUUCUGUGAUUGAUAAAACACAGCCGAUUUGCUACGCAGUAAUACCGUUGUGAUUUUUAAGACUAAUUUCUCUUUUUGACGGUACAGUUGUGUCUAAAGAAAACUUACACUUGAAAAACAAUUCAAAACUGACAACAAUGAGUGUGUCGAACGAGAAUGAAAAUUAACCUUUAAUGAAUCUGUUAAAUGCGCAACGACUUACACGUAACUAGAAUGCGACUUUAAAAACUUUCUUACCUGGAAAAAAGGCUCUUAAUCCGCACUGUUUUUGUUUUGAUUGACGUUAAAACUGAACGUUCGACAUGAUCGUCCGUUGCCCAAAAAGUAUGUGUUUCGUUCGUAGCAUAUAUUUGCAUUUGUCAGCGGUGUUUAUCACAAAACAGAAGAGUCUGGGAUGGAGUAAAACAUCGAAACGAAAAAGAACAUUCAAGUUCGUAGAAUCCAUUGGGAGAAAAGACCAAUUAAACAUACACCGUCUUUCUAGUUCGAGUUCGUAAGUAUAGUCGGAAGUAAGUCAGUCGCACUGUGCUUUGGGUUUUACGGCGCACAGGUGCGACUACACAUGAAUUUUUAGGCGCACAACUAAAAAUCCAGUCGCAUAUGCGACCAGUUAGUCGCUCACUUUGAGCCCUGGUGUAAUAGGACAGUAUGCGUCACGCCUAAGUAAUUUGACAAUACCUGCCAUUGGCAAUGGCUUUUUUUUUAACUUCUAGAAAAAGCUGUCGUAAUUUCUUGUGUUUUCUUGUAAUUUUAAAAAAGGACCAAAUCUCACAAACUUUGUUAUAGUUAUGAUUAAUUAGUUACAGAACUUUUUGUUGUCCAAUGUGGUCUGUAAUCAUACUCGUGAUUAAACAAGCUGGACUCAUGCUAUGCAGUCGUCCGAUUUUGUUAAUCACUUUGUCUUGUAUGAUUACAGACUGAAUUGGAUUCCACUCACUCCUUAGUACCAUUAUUUAUACUUUUAUCAAUACUAAAACCCCAUACUGGCAUUGUCUUUCUUCCACAGAGCAGACUAAGGCUACAGACCUUGCAGAUGCUUCUUUUUUGAUGAAACUGUUGAGAAGUAAACUUGUUAAGACCAAGAAUGAGGUUGAGGUACAGAGAAUUGACCCAAGUUCACCUUUGUACCCUGUCAAGUCAUUUGAGGAAUUACCACUGUAAGUACUGACCACCAUUCUAUUUCUUUUCCUCCUGACAUGAAAGGAUUUUAAAUUUCAAAGGUUUAUCAGUGACUAUUGUUAUUAUCAUAAAAUAAUAAAAUCUGUGUUGUAAUUUUUAUUAGGUCAGAACAACUCCGUCGUGGUGUUCAUGAUAUGGGUUUUAACAAACUACCCAAGAUUCAGGAAACAGCACUACCCAUGCUAUUAGCUGAUCCGUGAGUUACUGCAUGCUUAAUCCCUUGGAUUAGUAAUGGUAACAGGACUGAGUGGAGUCCAGUUCGGUCUGUAAUCAGACAAGUGAUUAACAAAAUCGGACGACCGCGUAGCGGGAGACCGAUUUGUUUAAUCACGAGUAUGAUUACAGACCGAAUUGGACGACACGGAGUUCUGUUACCAAUUAAUCAGAACUUUAACAAAAUUUAUGAUAUAAUAGGCUAUUUUUUAAAUCAAAACACAAGAAAUUCAAAAUUUUGUUUUGCUAGCAGUGAAAAAAAAAGCCAUUUAAGUGCGCGCGUGAUGGCGCGUACUGUCCAAUUACUUAGGCAUGACGCAUACUGUCCUAUCAAACUGUCCAAUUAAGGCUGAAAUCAGGGUAGUUGAUAGCCAAUCAGGUUUGACAAUUUUGUUAUAGUUAUGAUUAGUAAUGGUAACAGGACUGAGUGGAGUCCAAUUCGGUCUGUAAUCAUACGAGUGAUUAACAAAAUCGGACGACCGCGUAGCGGGAGACCGAUUUGUUUAAUCACGAGUAUGAUUACAGACCGAAUUGGACGACACGGAGUUCUGUUACCAAUUAAUCAGAACUUUAACAAAAUUUAUGAUAUAAUAGGCUAUUUUUUAAAUCAAAACACAAGAAAUUCAAAAUUUUGUUUUGCUAGCAGUGAAAAAAAAAGCCAUUUAAGCGCGCGCGUGAUGGCGCGUACUGUCCAAUUACUUAGGCAUGACGCGCACUGUCCUAUUAAACUGUCCAAUUAAGGCUGAAAUCAGGGCAGUUGAUAGCCAAUCAGAUUUGACAAUUUUGUUAUAGUUAUGAUUAGUAAUGGUAACAGGACUGAGUGGAGUCCAAUUCGGUCUGUAAUCAUACGAGUGAUUAACAAAAUCGGACGACCGCGUAGCGGGAGUCCGAUUUGUUUAAUCACGAGUAUGAUUACAGACUGAAUUGGACGACACGAAGUUCUGUUACCAAUUAAUCAUAACUUUAACAAAACUUGUGAUACAAUAGGCUAUUUUUUAAACCAAAACGCAAGAAAUUCGAAAUUUUGUUUUGCUAGCAGUGAAAAAAAAAUGCCAUUUAAGCGCGCGCUUGAUGGCACAUACUGUCCAAUUACUUAGGCAUGACGCGUACUGUCCUAUCAAACUGUCCAAUUAAGGCUGAAAUCAGGGCAGUUGAGAGCCAAUCAGAUUUGACAAUUUUGUUAUAGUUAUGAUUAAUUUUAUAAUAGUGUCCACAGUCUUCACAUAAUCAACACUGCUGGACUAGUAAAACCAUAUAACCAGAAUAAUUUAAUCUGAAAUAUUAUUAUAAUUCAGUGUGCCAUAUUAAGUGAGAUAAAACAUUAAUCAUGAAUAAAUUUCUUUUCUCUGUGGGUACUUACCUUGACUCUCCUCUUCACACUCCAUUAUGCAUAAGGCCUCUGACUUGUCCUUGAAAAGUGUGUUUGGUAUCAGUAAUAUUUUUUAUGGGAAUGAGACAUUAACUCACUCCUCAACUCCCAACCUGUUGGGGCUAGGCAUUGCAAUUUUAUUCAUCUGGCCCCAGUUGUUCAAAAGGUAGAUAACACUAUCCACUGGAUAGCACAAUAUUAUUGGUUUGCCUAACAUGUAUCAACUGGAUAGUGAUUUAUCCGAUGGCUAGUGCUAUCCAACUUUUAAACAACUGGGGCCUGGCCUUUCACCCAAAACCUGCCCAACACAGUUGGAACCCACCAAGAUGUGAAGUCCAAACCACCAUACAGUGUAGUUUUCAGGGUCAUCACGGCACACAAACCUCCCCUCCAUGUUAUAAAGGCACAACAUGUUUGGAAGGUGUCUUGGUGGGUAUCAAGUGGCAAUUGUAUAAAUGUUUGCUUUUUUGUUUGAUGUUUAGACCAAAAAAUAUGAUAGCUCAAUCACAGUCUGGGACAGGAAAAACUGAAGCAUUUGUUUUGCCCAUGCUUAGCAAAGUAGAUGCAACAAAAAACGUCCCUCAGGUAUUAUUUUGUUUUACUUCUUGUAUGUUCCUUCCUCCUGCACAACGUGCAAAAAAACAUAGAUUUGUUGAGGUACUUGCAAAGUGUGAAAUGGUAAAAUAAGGUGUAAGCAUUAUGGCAUCAUUUUCAUGUCUUGUUUGUUUCACCCAACAGACUGAGAAAAAAAAAGAAACUGCUUUUGGUCUACUGCCAAUAAUUGGUGUCAUUUGAAUGGUGAUUGGUCAGACUGUAGGAUUUCGUCUUAAGACUCGAAAGUAGAAAGCACUUAAAAAUUCCAUCUUCCUCUCUUGUAGUGAAAGAGUUACAUCAGGAAAAAACAUGAAGUGUUAGAUGAUGAAUAAUUUGUUCACAUAAAGCUGAAUUGUUGCAAUGAACUGAUUUUGUUGUGCUUUUAUCAAGGUUAUCUGUAUUUCACCUACAUAUGAGCGUGCUCUACAAACAGGACAAGUGGCAGAAAAGAUGGGCAAAUUGUGUCCUGAAGUCAAGAUUGGUUAUGCAGUGAGGGGGAAGAGAGGUGAGAAACUUGAGCCAGGAAAAAUAAUUUUGUGCAAGGCAUAGGCCUGAGGGUGAGGGGGGAAUACCAUCCUGUCUCGCUCAGGGGUGUAAAUUUUGGAUUUUUUGCCAAUAUUUUUAGCCUCUUAGGUCUUGUUUGGGGCUGUGGUCAUAAAAAGCUUGAGCCUUUCCUCAAUUGGUAUCCUUAAGGGUUUAAUUCAAUCUUUGGUACAAGCAUCAUUCUCAAACUGUAGUUUGCCAUAAGAGUGCACUUGUCUACUCGUCCCCAGAAACAGGCCAGCGGGGUGGGGGGUUGCAUUAAGCAGCUUGCAAAGAAAGUAAUCUAAGUUAGCCCGGGGCUAUAAGUGGAGUUUGCUAAAUGGCUAGUGAAUUCUUGUCUUAACUUAAGUUUUAUAGGGAGUUGUUAAAAAAAUUAUUACAGAGGAACUGUAAUCAAUCCUUCUCAACAAAAAUUUUUUUCCGUGCAAGUUGAAAUGACUUUAGGGCUAGCUACAGCUUACGUAAAUGGCAGGCUUUUAAGCCCGCUUUCUUUGCACCCUGGUUAAGGCCUAUAGAUACGGCUUAGCAUUGUUUUUAUUUUGUCGCUGAAGAAAAUGAUUAUUGUAUAUUCCAUAAACAGCCUUUAAUGUUCUUAAUCCCCUCUCUUUCUCCUUUCUACAGUGUCAAAAGGUCAGAAAGUUACAGAUCAUGUAAUUUUUGCUACACCUGGAACUCUACUAGACUGGAUUCUGCAUAGAAAAGUGCUGGACCCCAAAAAAAUAAAGAUGUUUGUGUUAGAUGAUGCUGAUGUCAUGAUAGCGUUACAGGGACACCAGGAUCAGUCCAUUAGAAUAUACAGGUAAGGCUACUACCCUUUCGUCAUACUUACGGAUCAAACUGGCCAAAAAAAUCUCUAAUACGUCCUUUCAAUGCGAUUAUAAAUAAUCAUAGUUACUAGGAGAUUUUCUGUUGGCCAGCAAAUGAUCACCUUGGACAUAUGCGUUUGCAUCAUUUCCACAGAGGUUUGUCUUCUGGUUUCGCUUCGAAUAGCUUUACCACUCUUUUCCCUUUUGUUUGUUUCCUUCUACCCACCUACCUCUUUUGUUCCUUGGAGGGAACUCCAUUCGGUUAACUUGUCUUUUUUGAUCUUCAGUAUUCUCCACUGAGAGACUAGUGUGACAGGUUCCAAGGGCAGAUAGUCCAUGGAAGGUUGGCUUUGUUGCCCCACUUUAGUUGCAAUGUGAAUACUGAACUUAAGAAAUAAUGUAUUUCCUCUGCUUUAGGACCCUGCCUAAAGAUUGCCAAAUGCUUCUGUUUUCUGCAACCUACGACGACGAGGUGAUGAAAUUUGCCAAGACAGUAGUACCAGACCCUGUCAUCGUUGGGCUGUGUAGGGAAGAGGAAAGCCUGGACAAUAUCAAGCAGUACUAUGUGGUGUGUCAUGACAAAGAGGAUAAGUUCAAGGCACUCUCCAACAUAUAUGGCGCUGUGUCUAUUGGACAGGGUAUCGUUUUCUGUCACGUAAGUGUUAAAAAAAAUUCCUUCCAGGGUGUUCAGUCCCUAUUUUUUCCUAUUUUUUCCUAUUUUUUGAGCCUAUUCCUAUUUUCUCCUAUUUUUAAACUAAAACCUCCUAUUUUUUUAGCUGGUGAAGCCAAAAUUUGUAACAAAAUUGAAAAUGGAAUUGUAUUUGUAUGUGUUUUUGAGUGAAAUUAUCAUAAAACAAGUAUUAUGUUGACUUUGAUGUUCUAAUAUUAGUAAAAAUGACAGUUGCGUUUGUUCUUUCCAUGACCUCUACUGCCUAUUAGAGUUCUGUUGACAUUUUUCCUUAUAUUGUUACUUUUAGUAUAAUUUUCUAGUGCACCUACAUGUGUUGUAUGAAGUGUCAUAGUCCUCAUGACUAUUGAAUAAUAUUGUGUAUAGCCCACUGAAACUGCAUUUCAGUAUCAUCUGUACAUAUUAUAUUUUAUUUUGAAGUCUUGCUUGCUUUUAUGUUCAUCUUUGAAACUGAAAACAGGAUCAAGAUGUCCUCUCAUGAUCACAACACAGGCCAGAUAAAUAUUAUCCGAUCAGCUUCUCGUUUUUAAAACCAGUCACUAGCUUAUUCUGGAUGAUACAUGAAAAGAACAGACUAAAGUUUAGUUAACGUCACUAGCUCUCUUGGUGAGCCCUUGUUAACAGCUAUACCUAAGCAACAGAUGAAGGAUCUAAUAUUUUGGUUCCGAAACCCAUCUUGCAGUCACAGCUAAGCAGAGUGUUAUGUUCUUCUUAGAACUUACCAUGACACACUUACAAUCUGGUAACAAAUAGAUCAGUGUCAUUUUGCAUACACCGCAGAAAGCCCUGUUCUGUACUUAAAAUUUUGCAGUCUUUUCUCAAACAAGUAUAUUCUCAACCAGCUCAAGUACUGGACAACUAUUCUUCAAUGACAACUCAAUCGUAAGGAAUUUCUAUCCUAAGAAAUGUCACUCUUCAAAGCUUUUCAAAGAUUUGCCGUCAACUUGAAGGGAAUUUUCAUAUUAUCACCUUUGAUUACAGAACCACGCUUAACCUGUGGUCAAGCAUAUCACUCUGAUUACAGCGUAACUGAGCCAAGAAACUGAUCAUUUUCACCCCUUCUUAGUGGCGAAAGUUGAUCUAAAUCCUGAGAACAUAGAAUCUGAGGACUUGUAGCCUUUGUUAUAACCGUGAUGGGGUGUAGGGAGGCUAUCUUUGUCGACAAAAGUACUAAUGAUUUUCCUAUUUUUCUCCUAUUUUUUAAUACAAAGUUUCCUAUUUUUCCUAUUUUCUCAAUCCUGAGUUUCCUAUUUUCCUAUUUUUUGGAGCAACCAUGCUGCUGGACACCCUGUCCUUCCCUCCCCUUCCUUUUUCCUUUUCCCUGAUUCCCAUCCAAAUCCUUCCUCGCCCCAGUAAAUGACUGCAAAGCAGCCUAAAUUUUAGUUGCUAUUCAGAAAAUUUUCUCAACCCCAGGAUGUUUUGACUUUUAUGUAUGCCUGUGUCAUUUCAGACUUGGAAAUCUGCCUCUUGGCUGGCAGAGAAGAUGACAGAGAAUGGUCAUUUGGUAGCGCUGUUGUCAGACAAAACCACAGUAGAAGAGUGGCUAGCAGUAUUUGACAGAUUCCGCGAUGGCAAGGAGAAACUGCUGAUAGUAGCUGGUGUCAGUGCUAGAGGCAUUGAUGUGGAACAGGUAAGUACGCGUUGGCUUCCAUAAGUAUUACUCAAGACCCUAAAGGUCCUGGGGUUUUGUUUUGUAUUAUUUUGUUUUACCAGCUUUUCUGAGCACAGGCCUGCCCAGAGGGAAUGGACACGAACGGGACUCAUAGGUCCUAUGCAAGGUGCCAUCCCUACCCAAUCCCACAACCCGUAAAGGUUGGCCACACCACCGGGGUCUACGUCACCUACUUUUUUUGAAUAGUUUUGUGGGUUCUUUUACAUCCCACAUGAACAGAUCAGUGAAAGUGCUUUGAGACAGAACCUAUGGUUUUUCGUCGUUAUCUGAGAAGACUAGAAAGUCCAAACAUUUGCAGAUGUCAUUACAAAGGUAGCACUUUCUUCUCAGUUAUUUAAAGACCCUGCGUGUUGGUCUGGUUUGAACCCGCAACGCUCCACUCGACAGACCGGCACUCUCCCAACUGAGCUAACCAGGUGGCGCGUGGAAAGAACGGGAGGAUCAUUGGCUCCCCCCCUCCUUUCCCUUUCCCAUAGGCUUACCCUUUUUCUCCUUCUGUUUACCCUGUUCCAAACAGAGAACCAGGGUCUCUCCCCUUUCCUAUCUUCUCCCGUCAGCUUGCGCUUUUUCUCCUUUUCUUUGCCCUGUUUCCAAGUAAGAGCCAGGGUAGGUACUGUACAUUACUCCCUAAAAAUUUGGGUAGGGAUGUAUGGUAUAUAAUAUGCUCCUUAACUUACCUUAUCUUAGACCAUAGUGAUUGGGCCAGGUUUUCAAAUUUUGAUUCUAUGCCUGCAAAAACUACCAAAAGGUUAUUAUUUUCAGUGCUCACUGAUGAAAUUUGUUUGAAAAUUUUUCCUAUGGAUUAAGAAACUACGUAAUGACUUGAGCACAGAAGAGAUUCGCUCGUUACAUAGCCACCCCCCCCCCCCAUUCCCUAGUGGAGCCAGUGCCCUUAGUAAUACAGUGUUGUUUUAUUUUUUGUUUUGUUGCUAUAGGUUACCAUCGUAGUUAAUUACGAUAUGCCAGUUGGGCCCUCGGGUGAACCUGAAUACAAAAGAUACUUACACAGGAUCAGCAAGACUGGCUGGUUUGGCAAGAACAGCAUUGCCGUCAACUUCAUUGAUGGUCAGCAGUCUACGACGAUUAUAAAGAAAAUCGAAGACUAUUUUGACAAGCCUAUAGUGCCCUUACGGUGUGACGAUGUGGAUCAAAUUGAAAAAUUGGAAUUAGGCUACUAGGGGGUUAUAACAUAUAGCCUAGAAGUAGCCAAUCAGAAUGCAGCAUUGAUAAUAGACCACUAGUUGGAUUUUACUAAUAUCAGAGAGUUUCUGAUAUUAUUUGAUUGAUGUUAUUGUUCAGUUAGUGGCUUAUUCUGAUCUUAGGACCACACACCUUUUUUUUUCGACAGUUGGCUUGAAAGAAGCCUUCCCAGUCUAGAACAACUUGAUGUUUUUUUUUAUGCUGAACUGUAUUUAUUUUUCUCACUAGUAGUAUGCAGUUUCAAUUCACAUGCCUUUUUGGUCGAUAGUUUUUAUCCCUGUCAGUCUUAGGUGGCUUUUCAUUUGUCAAAACUGACUGGCCAGACCAUUCCCAUGGUAAUGAGGAUUUCACUUUCAGUCUAAACUAUCCAGCUAGAUCAGUCAAAUCCUAAAUAGUAUGCAUGAAAGGGAUAGUUCUUCAGCAAAAGUAUUGGAAAAAGCCUAUUUCAUUUUUAAAACGACAGGUUCAGCAAACGUCCAGCUGGCCAGUCCUGACAAAUGGAAAGCGCCCUAAGCUGGGAUUGGAAGUAGCCUUCCCAGUGUAGUACAUUUUGACAUUUUUAUACCAACCUGUAUUUACUUAUGAAAACAAAAAAACGGAAAAAAAUCUUUAAGUAUAUGAUACAGUUAAAACCCACGACAAAGAACCUGGAAGUGUAAAAACCUGUUUGGCUAAAAUUUUCCAUUUAAUCGCCCUCUAUACAAGAACCUGUUUAGUUUAAAAUUUGAAACAGGUUCUUAUUAAUUUUCUAAAAUCUCUAAAAAAAAAGACCGGUACACUUUGGUAAAUAAGAUAAGGAUCGCCUUUGGAGACAAUCAUAGGUAAUUUAAGUGUGUGGGUUAUUUACAUAUGUGGUUCCACCACAAUAAAACAAAAAUGUAAUGUAAUGUAAAGUUGUGCUUUUGAAUAGCUUUAGAAGCAAUAUCAAACACUUGGAAGUGUUCUUCAUCUGGUUUGAUACAAUAGCUCACUUCGGAAAAGAGUGAUAGCCUGGGACCGAAACUAUGCGGGCACCCAUUUAUGGGAUUAUUUGGGGGGACGCGAAUGUAAACGAACAUGGCGGAAAGCGAAGUGGAAUGUUUCAGGGGAGUUGCUGAAGUUAUUUGUACACAAAGGCACACAACAAGUUGCAUGUCUCGUCAUAAUUCAAGGUGAAUGCUCGACUUGUCCCCCAAAAAUCCCAUAAAUGUUCGCGCGCUUAGUUUGGGUCCCAGGCUAUCACUCUUUUCCGGAGUGAGCUAUUGUCCUUUUAAAUGGACUUGUGGUGAGAUGUUAGUAAUAAGGUGUGC